UGAACAUAUUAUAAUACCUUAAUGUGUUCUACUCUUGAUUUAACUUACGAUGUUUAGAAUAUUCACACUUUAUAAUUAUUUGAUGUUUAAGGAUUUAACAUUUGGCCUUUGCUUAACAUUUCAAUUUGUGAUCGAUGUCGAUAGUUCAUGAUCAGUCGAUGUUGUCCAGUGACACAACCAUACUUGAUCUGUAUCAAGGAAUUAAUUGAAGCAUAGCACAUUCACUUUUAAAUACUUUAUUGACCGUAGCAAUCGUCAUUUAUUGGUACUUUUCAUAUAAACAAGGAUAUAAUAGACGGAGUAUAUAAAGGGUAUUUAAAAAAAAUGGAAUACGAUACUAUUUUAAAAAAGGUUGGAGAAUGUGGAAACUACCAAAAAAUGUUUCUGGUACUCGUAUCUAUGGCAUCAGUAUUCAAUGCCUUGACAACCUUUUCAAUAGUUUUUGUCUUUGGAGAACACGCUCAUAGGUGCAAGAUCUCUGCUCUUGAUGACCAUUACACAUCUCCGGGUACUGUCUUCCUUAAUACUACCAAUGGCAUUCAAGAAUACAAUGUAACAGAAUGUCAAAUUCAAACAAAUGGUACAACAACCAAGUGCAACGAUUGGAUUUACGACUCUAGUCUGUUUGAAGCAACCAUUAUUUCAAAGUUUGACGUGGUAUGCGACGAAAAACUCUACAGAGCCCAUUUUUUGAUGGGACACUAUGUUGGACUUCUCAUAGGUUCAAUAUUGUCUGGAUUGCUAAGUGACUUAUGGGGACGGAAACCAACGAUGCUAGUAGGAAUAACAAUGUUGUUGUUUUCUAUGGGACUCAGACCUUUCAUGCCGUAUUUCGCACUAGUGUCCAUUCUCGAGUUCUUCAAUGGUGCUGGUAGUAUGAUAUCAUACAUUUGUCCAUUUAUAAUUCUUACUGAAAUGGUUGGACCUAAGCAAAGAAUUCUAGCCAACUUUGCUGUAUACAUAACAUUCUGUGUAGGAAACUAUAUCCUACUACUACUAGCGUAUUUCUUGAGGGACUGGUCUGUUUUAUAUUUUGCGAUAACUAUAUUUGUAGCUGCAUAUAUGAUAGUUAUGUUUUUUAUUUCGGAAUCACCAAGAUGGUUAUUAAGUCGAGGAAGAAAAAAAGAGGCUCUAGUAAUUUUAAAAAAGAUGGCAAUAUUUAAUGGAAAGAUUUUGAACAUAUCUGUGGACGAUGUGGUUGUGAAGGAUAUACAUAGAACAUCCUUUCUUGACUUUGUGAAAACACUGAUAAAGUCUAAAAAACUUAUUGGACGAUUAUUAGUAAUAUGUCUUAAUUGGUUUGCAAUUGCAAUGACAUAUUAUGGUAUAUCUAUGAAUGUGGCGAAGUUCAGUGGAGAUGUUUUUGUUAAUUUUGCUGCGUCAUCGUCAGCUGAAUUUUUCGGAAUAAUAUUCUGUUGGUUGGUAACGGACAGAGUGGGUCGUAAAGGACUCUUCUGCACUGCUAUGAUUUUGGGUGGUGUGACGUGUAUUUGCACUAUAUUUACAUCUCUAUAUGCCGAUAAAUCCAUGCUGUGGUUAACAACAACACUUGCAAUGGUGGGAAAGUUCUUUUGUACCAUUACAUUUUUUGUUAUUUAUAUAUUCACUGCUGAGUUAUUCCCAACUGUUCUGCGUGCAUCUGUUAUUGGAGUUGCAAGCAUGACCGGUCGUUUUGGGUCAAUAUCAUCGGCAUAUGUAGGUGAAUUGGGUGACAUAAUACAGUCCAGGUUUGGAGUAGCACUUCCACUGAUGAUAUUAGGAGGGUUUGGAUUGAUGGCUGGGUUGUUAUCUCUUACUUUACCAGACACUACAAACACAUGUCUUCCAGAGUCUAUUGAUGAUGCAAAGGAAAUACAAGUCAGCAAGAAGAAUGGAAAUGGAACAGCUGUUAACGAAUGCGAACUUGAAACAUUGACAGAGAAAAUAUAGAAUUGACUUUUUAUGGGCUAUUUAUUCGUGACCAAAGGUGGUUAUAUAUUCCUUUUUAUUAUACAUAUCACUGAUACAUAGAAUUAGUCUUAUUAUUAUAACAUUAAAACAACCUAUAUAAGUGUACAAUCGGUAUACCAUUCGUAAAUUAUUUACCUUUCAAAUCUUUUAACUUAAGAAAGUGAAAAAUAUUCAAAAUAUAAAUUGUAUAUUUAACGUUCUAAGUUAUAAUUAAUGACGAUUAUAUAAUAAAAUGAGUGACUACGAGUACUCUCAAAUCUGUA